UACACUGCUGUUACGUGUGGCCAAAAACGAGCGCGAUUCAGUGAAAAUGCAUCGCGUACAUAAGCUCGAAGGCUUGCGCGUCGAAGGUUGGUGGUUCCUGAUAGGUUUUACGGUGAGUGCUGUAGCCGUUGUGAUGGACCCGACCCCAAAGAUCACGAGGGCGCAGGUCAAGCAGGAGCCCCGUUCGGUGGGAGGUGCAUUCCAGGAAAGCCUGGACUCGUGUCUCGCCGACAGAAGUCAUGGCACCAUUGAGUGCGCAAACCGUGGAGCUCUCGGGGUCCUCCAAAAGCUAAACGAGGACGAUGAGCUUGACUUUGGGGAGAUACGACUCGAGCGGGCCAACGAAGAGGCGCGCGACCUUCUCGACCUCGACUACGAUCCAAAGAACUUUGGAAACGUCGUGCAGGCUGCGGCUCGGCUCAUAGAACAGAGAAACCUCAAAUGGCAACUGGACGGAGUCUAUCCGGGUCUGGUGAUGCAGGCUGGCCCCACGCUCAACGGCCAUGGCAUCCUCGAGUUCGUGCUGGACGAGAGAACGACGAAUGCCUACAGCGAGAGGGAACUCGGAACUGGACGCAUGCUCGUAAAGAGCCUACUGCUGCCCUUCCUGCUGGGCUUCAAGUUCAACCUGGCGACCCUGAUACCGCUGCUUUUUGGAGCACUCCUCGUUCUCUCGAAGAAGGCUUUCCUCGUGGCGAAAGUAGCCACCCUGGUGAGUGGUCUCUUGGGCUGGAGUUCUCUCUUCGGCGGGACGCAAGGACAGUCACGGCCCACGCUCCAAGGGUACAACGGUUAUGGAUUCGACUAUGGCCACGGUCACCAAUUUGAUGGUGGCUCUUCGGCGUAUCACGUGGACCAGGAGAGUCCGGUGUACUUGCCAUACCGCGAGAUACACACGGCUGACUUUGCUCCUUAUAAGCAGCAGCAGCAUGUCAUCAGGGAAGUUGUGAACGUCUAUCACGGAGAAGGAAACGGAGGCGCGAGCCAGCCGGAACGGGAGAGGAAGGGUUUCGCAUGGUCGAGAACGGAUUGAGGGAAACUAGACAUGAUAUUUAAUAAAAUUAAUAGUACUGAGUUGCCA